AUGACUACUAUGACUGACCGCAAUAUCCGCAGAUUCGCCUUUCUUUGGGACACCUGGACACACCAGUUUCUCAUCUGCUGCAGCCCCGCUGCCCCACCCGGCACCAUCCCCGUGGAUUGGUUCUCUCUCGAUGACCCUAGAAUUGCGGACCGGGUGCCUCCUAGGUCUUUCGGCUUCCUUUCGGAAGAGAUGCCUCCUCUCGCGUCCCUCGCUGCAUAUUUGCAGAUUUUUAAUCGCUUGGAUAGUAGGGAUACAGAUACGGUGCGCAUGCCACAGAUCUCAGGAACUGCUGAGAAUGAUGGAGGGGAAUGGCGGAGGGUUCGGCAUGUGCAAGAAGAAGUAGCUACAGCAGAAGAACUAACGCCAGAAGAAGAAGAAGAGGUACAUGAGGAUAUCAGAUGCGGCAUCUGCCACGACAAACCCAUCAGCAUCCAAUUCCGCGAAUGCACGCACGCCCUCUGUGGCGAUUGCAACGACAGCUAUUGGUGGAGUAUACUCUCUAGGGACAGCUCGCAAGGUAUGGACCCUUCUAACACGCUCCGGCUAUCAUUCCCGUGUCAUAUGUGUCGCGCGGAAGUAUUUCAUGAAGGGUACUUGGUGCCCGAUAGUAGCCCCCCUGUUGAGACAAGACAUGGAGACUUCGGCUUCCGAGUUGAGGGUUGGCAUCUAGUGGCGCUGAAACCAGAAUUUCAGUUCCAUCGGGUGUUUUUGGUGAAUAUUGAGCAGUAUGGUGAGAGAGUCACGGCGGAGCCGUUCUUGAGGAGUAGAGAACGUUUGGUGCCGGUGGUGGAUGGAGAGAGGCUUUCUAGGACCUGGGAUUUGUAUGUGGCUUAUGGACUGGUUGUUUUGCGCGCAUUGAUCGAGGCGGAUUCUGUUUGA